AUGCGCGUCGUCCUGGCUGGCCUGCUCUGCAUCGUCACACAAGUCUGGACGGUGAAUGCCAACGUCGAGAAGACAGUCUUCCUCGCCCCCGGUCCUGUGACGCUCCCCAAUGUCCCGCCCAGCCUAGACGACCUCCGUCUACCCGUCCUGUCGCCCUCCCACUCCAUUCUGCCCACGCAGCUGCCCGUCCACUUUCCCUCCGCGUCGCUGCCCCGCGGUCUGGAGUCCUGGUACCUUCUUCGUGCACUGGACGAGGGGCGAAGGUACGAAGUGCGCAUCUGCUGGCCUGCCACGCAACCCACCGACUUCUGGCUUGACACUUAUCCUAUUACCCAAGUAUACGAUACCCCGGAUCUCAUAUCAUCUUUGGCGCAAUACAGUGAGCAGCUUCAGCACCCGACUCUCCCAGCCCAACGGUACAACAAAGACACGACCCCUCAGUCUGUCCUGUUCUUGCGCAUCCAGGCUGCAGCGUCAUACUAUUCGACGAACCGCACGUUGAUGGAAAACCCUCCGCCAGUACAUGUAGACAUCAUUCUUGAUCCCUUUGUCCUGAACAUACUGCCGCAGUCGUUGGGCCCGUUCGCCUUGUACGUCAGUGCAGUAGCUGUGGGAGCUUGGUUUCUCUCGGGGUACAUUUAUCGCUGGCUGCUCUCCAUUUCAGCUGAGCUGCCUAGCAAACCGCAUACCGAUUGA